CCAUGAGAGACGCUGGAUGGCAAAUUCGUAAAUAUAUCUCGUAAACUAAAACCCUACACCACCACCAACCCCUCGCUCUCCCACUCAUCUCGUCGGCGGCGGCGGCGGAGCGGAGGAGCACGGCGAGCUAGCUGCUCUACCUUGGAAUGGCGACUGUUCCAGUUAACCCAAAACCUUUCUUGAACAACCUGACAGGGAAGCCUGUCAUUGUCAAACUUAAGUGGGGUAUGGAAUACAAAGGAUACCUUGUUUCUGUGGACUCUUAUAUGAAUCUGCAGCUGGCUAAUACAGAGGAGUAUAUUGAUGGACAAUUCUCUGGAAACCUGGGAGAGAUACUGAUUAGGUGCAACAAUGUUCUGUAUCUCCGAGGCGUUCCAGAGGAUGCCGAGAUAGAGGAUGCAGAAUGAGAUAACCUGGACCUAUGCGCAGAUCGAUUUGUGUAAUAUGCAGCUGACAUGAACAAUUUAAGUGUCAUGUAAAAUUGAUGCACAGAUUCCUUGUUGACCUGGAUCUUAACUAUGGUCAUGAUAUGGUUAUAUUAGGCAUUGAAACUGAUUUCAUAUUGACUAGUGUCAUUGCUCAAAUGUGUGAGAGAUCAUAUUUCGUGAGAUAAUAUACCAUUUGCCUGUCGAGAUGGAUGACGAACUGAACAUAAUAAUCGUUAGCCAAAUCAGAUGAAGUUUAUGUAAAUUUAGCAUCCUGAAAGAAUGUUUGCAAAUUGACAAGAUUUCUUCGU